AUGCCUCCCAAGGCGAAGAAGGCUGCAACAGCCGCUUCUAAAGAGCUCUACUACGAAGAGCAGCAGCUCGCAGAUGAUAUAGUCGUUUUGGAAGAAAAACUCAAGUGUCUCAAGCGAGUGUACUUAGAUAGAAUGAUGGCACUAGCUGAGCGAAAACAGCAGCAGCUUGUUUUAAGUGCCGAACUGGAUGCACGGAAUGCGGAAUUGGAAGCCAAGAGGAGUGAAAAAGUCGACGUCCUAACGGAUGGCACUCGAGUCUACAAGGUGAGAGAAGGCAUCGCUCUGCAAGAGAUUGCGACGCAGGACGCUGCCCUGCACGAGCUUCAGGAGACGAAGAAGAAACUGGAGGGUCACCUAGAGACCUGCACUGCCGAUUUUGAUAGCCGAAUCAAGAGCAAAAAGAGAGAGUUGGAAUCUCUCCGCGAGCGAACCGCGGACAUGGAAAAGGAGUUUGCAGUGCUGUUGUCUGAUGUGGAGCAAUGCUCACCGUAG